CGAGUUGAUAGUGAAAAAACUGUGACGGAUACACAGUAUAGGGGCAGUGGACGCCUGCUAGAGUCAUAGAAGAACCGUGACGUCCGCCUACUUUUAUUUACCUUUUUAAAAAUAUCAACAUGUCGCUCGAGCAGCCUGCCGAGGAAGAGACGGGGGAGAGGAACGCCUUCUUCAUCGGCAUUGAAACGGAAGACGUUCAGGAGAAAGAGGAGGACCACCAUCAGCUCAUCCUUCAGAAAGCCAACGCUUUAGCCUCGGAUAACUCUCUUAAAGAGGCCAUUUACUGGUUUUCCGUAGCAAUGCAGUAUGGGCCAGUCAGACCAGAACAGCUAAGCACUUUUGUGGAUUGUAUUGUGCGGAAUUUAAAGAAAAAGGCCGCCCCAGCUUCGGACCUGAGGCACAAUCGGGACGUGGAGAAGGACGACGACGACGACGACGACGACGACGAGGAGGAGGAGGAGCAGCAGCAGCAGCACUCAUGGGAUGAAGUGUUCGACUGUCCGCACUGCCAUAGCUUUUUAGGAGAACCUGUCACCUUAGCAUGUGGACAUUCAUUUUGUCCGCGGUGUUUACGACGACGGCUGCUCUCCAAAUGUAAAUUGUGCAACGAAGCCGUGAAGAUCGAAGGCAAACCCAAUGUGCUGCUUUGCGGGGUUUUAGCUAAAUGGUUCCCUGAAGAGGUGAAAAGGUCGAAACGAUUACGAGAAGUGGACGAACUGUGUAAACGAAGAUGUCACAAAGAGGCUGUGACUCUAGCGAGCGAUGUCAUUCAAAGUGAGCCUGAAACGGCAGUGGAAGCACGACUCUCUCGAGCAGAGGCCUACAUGUCUCUUCAGCAGUUUGAUCUUGCUUUGGAAGACACAGAGUUGUGUCUCUCAUCCAGCUGUUCUGCUGAGGCUUUAUUUUGGAAAGCCAUGGUGUUACAAGAGAUGGGUGGAGUGGACGAGUCCCUCCAAGUCUUCCUCAACUGCCUCGCUGUGGAUGAGGACUUCCCCUGUGCUAAGAAACAAGUAGAAAAGAUCUUCUGCGACCUGCUCUCUUCGUCCGGUGACAACGUCAAGGUCAUUGUGAGGGAAACGGCACAAAACCCAGUGGCCCAUCUGCACAAUAAAACCAUUGUGGCUGAUGCACAAGCCAGACAACAUAGUCCAGUCCAAAGACUGAGCCAACAACAGAAACGCCGGGGGAGUCUUAAGCGUCCUGGUCUGAGCCGAGCUGAUUCGGUUCGAUUUGACAAUGCGAUCGGCGGUGGGGGUCUGAAGAGGGUUUGCUCCGCUCCUCAGCUUGGAGGCGAGGAGAAGACGACCUUGCUGAAGAGGAAGUUGUCUGUUUGUGACACAGAGCUUUGCAUUGUGGACAAGGGGGGUAGCAAGCAUAAAAAACAAGGUUUGAAGAAAAGCUCCAAAAAAGCCCAAGCUAAAACCUGUAGAAGUGUUUCCCAGAACCUCAUUGACCCCAAUGAUCUUGAGUGUGCCCUCUGCAUGAGGUUAUUGUACGAGCCUGUGACGACACCAUGCGGCCACACCUUUUGUAAAAACUGUCUGGAACGUUGUUUGGACCACACACCGCAGUGUCCCCUCUGUAAAGAGAGCCUAAAAGAGUAUUUAGCAUGUAGGAAGUACAUGGUGACAAGUGUCUUGGAUGUGCUGAUCAAACAGUAUUUGGGUAAAGAGUAUGAAGAGAGAUCUAAAUCUCACCUGGAGGAAACCAGAGAGCUUUCUCACUUAACGAAGAAUGUGCCUAUCUUUGUGUGUACCAUGGCAUACCCCACCGUGCCUUGCCCCCUGCAUGUCUUCGAACCACGUUACCGCCUCAUGAUCCGCCGCUGCGUGGACACGGGCACACGGCAGUUCGGGAUGUGUAUUAGCGACCCGCAGAAAGGGUUCGUUGACUAUGGAUGCAUGCUCAUCAUCCGGAGUGUCCACUUCUUGCCUGAUGGUAGAUCAGUGGUGGACACCAUUGGAGGGAAUCGCUUCCGUGUCCUCUCUCGAGGAAUGAGGGACGGUUACAGUAUUGCUGACAUAGAGCAUUUGGAAGACAUUCGGGUGGACGACAGCGAAGAGCUGGAGAGCCUACAAGAACUGCACGAUGCUGUGUAUGAGCAGGCCCGUGCCUGGUUCCAGAAUCUCAAGAUGCACUUUCACAACCAGAUCCUACAGCACUUUGGACCAAUGCCAGAGCCAGAAGCUGAUAUCCAGGCGACUCCUAACGGUCCAGCAUGCUGCUGGUGGCUCCUGGCUGUCCUGCCUGUCGACCGGCGCUACCAGCUGUGUGUCCUCUCCAUGACCAGCCUCAAAUGGCGUCUGGAGAAGAUCCGGCACAUCCUCACAUAUCUACAGAGCAUCCCCAACAACUAGGGCUUCCUCUUCUCUGCAUUCUACAUGGGCUAUUUUUGUUCCUCCACCCCCGAUCCUUCCACUGAGUUAAGAACCUGAAUCAUUCUUGAAGUGGUUGAGAUGUGGCCAAACCGCCUCAGGGAUACUUCCAUUGACACACAUUCUAUGUUACCAUCAGACAUGAAUCUCAAAGAAACAGUGCGACUUGCACUUAGAAUGUGGAAAUGAACUUCCUGACAUCUGAUGACUGUAGAUUUUGUACUAUUCACAUGAAAGCUACUAAGUAGUCUUUGAGAUGGUUUGGGUUACGUCACACCUUGUUGAAAACGGUAAGAAAGUUGGUUUCUGAAGAGGGAAAUCCAGAAUGCUGCAGAAAAAUUGAAGUAAGUGCAACCUGCUUACGUAUGUGCGAAGCUUCCAUCGCCUGUUUAAUGAGCGACAUCUUGUGCUCACUUCGCUAAUAUACGGUGAUGCAGAGAAACACUCAUGAGCCCGCUUCCUCAUCCUCAUGAAAAUCUUCCACCCAUACUAAAAUCUUCCAAAGGUUAGCUCACAAAGCGUGAGAAUGUCUAAUUGCAUCUCUCUUCUAUAGUCAAAUGUUCAACUGUGUUGAAUCAAUUGAAAUAGGUUUUGAGGAAGAAUAUUUAUACAUUCUGACCUAAUGUUUCUACUGAAAUAUAUUCAAUAGGGCAUAUUGCAAUAUGAACUUGCAUUCAGUGUACUGUAUAUGCGUCUGUCAGGCAGACCUUUAAUAUUAAGUAUCCAGUUCCUACUGCACUGGAGUUGAGAACCUGCACUGUUUCUGCAUUUGCCUUAUAACAGUUUUGAACAUUGUGGUUUAAAGUUACACUAGGUUACCAUUCCUUCCUUUCAUGGUAUGAAGUGUGUUAAGAUAGUGUUUUUUUUCCAUCACUCAUGGCUUUGUUCUAUGUAAAUCACUUGGCUUUUUGGAGAGAUUGUGUUUAAGUUAACGAUCGGAACAAUUUUCAAUAAAAAAAUCAAUUGCCAAAGCCCAUUUGUAAGUGAACUCUAUAAGGGGAAUGCUUGUGUCCCCUUAAAGCCACAAGGGGGCGACAUUGCAGCACCAUUGCUUUCAAUUACACCUUUCAUAACUCAUCCUUUGCACCAACUCCACGUUUAUUAAUUUCCCAUACACGGCAAGUCAGGCUAAAUUACAGGUCCAGAUGUGGUUGUGUGCCGUCCUCUUCCCCUCUUGGUCAUCGAGCAGAGAGCAUCAUCACGAACUCUGAAGAGAAAUGAAAGAUUCGUACUGCUGUACAUUAACGGGAAUAGAAGAUAAACGAUUGGUUAUAAGAAGCGAGAGUCUCAAAAUUUACAAACUCAACAACGCAUUGGAUUACAACCAGUGGUUAUACAGUAUGAGCCAUUAAGCCAAUUGUGUCUUACAAUCAUAGCCGAGAGGCAAGUUUCUAA